AUGCCCAUCUACCUGAGCAUGCAGCGGGUGCGCUUCUCCAGCCCCGACGCAUACGAGAAGUUCAAGGUGCUCUUCGCCGACACGCGGCGGCACCUCAUGAAGCUCGACGGCUUCCUCCAUCUGACGUGGUGGGAGCACCCAGACGAUCCCACGUGGUACAACGAGUGCUCGUUCUGGACGAGCCGCGGCGCCCUCUACGGCUGGCACAAGGACACAUACCACAAACACUGCAAGGCGUGGGCCGCCAACGGCGCCAUCAUGGAGGACAUCAUCACCAACUUUGAGCUCGUCGGCACGCGGCUGCUGCGCGUCUGCCCCGUCUGCAACCACACCCAGGACAAGAAGUACGACCUCGCGCAGGAACAGGCGGUGCUGCACGAGCAGUGCCCCGGAUGCGGGUUUCACUUCCCCGUCUUGGAGGAGACGCCUUCCAGCUUUGCGGUCUUCAAGGACGCAAUCAUCGGUGCCGAUGGAAAGGAGGAGGCUAAAGAGGGGGCUGAGGGAGAGAAGAAAGCUGCAGAAUGUCCUCAUUCUAAGUGA